CCCGUCCCGUCCCGAGGAGGCGCCCGGCCGCGCGCGUCCUCCGCAGCCUCCGGGCUCGCUCGCUCGCCCUCCGCUCGCCGGCGCCCGCCUCCUCCUCGCCUGUCCCCGCAGGGCGCCGAGUUCUCGGCCGGCGGGGCUGGGCCUGCCUGGCCCGGCGGCGGCGGCGGCGGGCAGGAGGAGGGGGAGGGGGAGGAGCCGCCGCCGCCCCGUCGCUCUUGGGCCGGCUCGCCGUUUGAUGGAUCCCCGGAUCGCCUGGCUCCAGCCAGAGCAGCUCGGCCCUUCGAACCGCCUGUGGAUGCAGAUCUGGGAGACCACGCAGGGGGUCCGCAACCUCUACUUCCAGCAGCAGCAGCAGCAGCCGCCGCCCACCGCCCCGGCCUCGUCCUCCUCCGCCGCCUCGUCCUGCAGCAGCAGCAGCAGCAGCUCCCCGUCGACCCCCGUGGCCGCCGCCGCCUCGCCGCCGCCGCCCGGCAUGUCCCGCGUCCCGCGUGGCGGCGACCCGCAGCCCGACUUCUUGCCGCUGGAGAGCGCCGGCCUGCCCACGCCGCACCGCCACCCCCCGCCGCGGCGGCAGGCCUCGCCGCAGCCGCCCGCCUGGGUAGGCCGGCCCGGCGCUCAGGCGUCCCCCGCUCCCCCGGGCGCGGCCGCCGCCGCCGCCUCUUCUUCGGCCGCCGCGGGCCCUUCUCCGGCCGCAGCCGCCGCGGCCUCGGCUCCCCGCGCAGCGUCCCCCGCUGCCUCGGCCGCCGCCGCCGCCUCGGCCGCCAGCAACAAGAGGAAGCGCGACAACAAGGCCAGCACCUUCGGCUUCAACUGCACGCUGCUGCUGGGCCCCGCCGGGGAAAGCGCCGGACCAGCGCCGGGGGACGGGCCCUUGGGGAGGCCGCAAGCCGGGCCGGAGGAGCCGGCCUACACCGGCACCCCGUGGAAGAAGACGAAUUACAGCCCCGGCGUGGUGGGCCUUCACGAAGAAAUCAAUGACUUCUACAAGUACAUGUCUCCUAGACCUGAGGAAGAAAGAAUGCGCAUGGAGGUGGUUAAUAGGAUAGAAAACGUGAUAAAGGAACUCUGGCCCAAUGCAGAUGUGCAGAUAUUUGGAAGUUUUAAGACUGGUUUAUAUUUACCCACUAGCGAUAUUGACUUAGUUGUGUUUGGAAAAUGGGAGACCUUGCCACUGUGGACCCUGGAAGAGGCGCUCCGGAAGCACAAUGUGGCAGAUAAAGGUUCAGUAAAGGUUUUAGAUAAAGCAACUGUACCUAUCAUUAAACUGACCGACUCCUUUACUGAAGUAAAAGUUGAUAUCAGCUUUAAUGUACAAAAUGGGGUAAAAGCUGCCUAUCUCAUCAGAGAUUUUAUCAAGAAAUAUCCUGUAUUGCCAUAUUUAGUUUUAGUAUUGAAGCAGUUCUUAUUGCAGAGGGACCUCAAUGAAGUAUUCACAGGUGGAAUUGGAUCUUACAGUCUUUUUUUAAUGGCUGUCAGCUUCCUCCAACUACAUCCCAGGGGGGAUGCCUGCGCCCCCAGUGCCAAUUACGGCGUCCUUUUAAUAGAAUUUUUUGAAUUAUAUGGCCGUCAUUUCAACUACCUGAAAACGGGAAUCCGAAUCAAGGAUGGUGGUUCCUACGUGGCCAAGGAUGAAGUGCAGAAGAAUAUGCUAGAUGGUUAUAGACCAUCCAUGCUAUAUAUAGAAGACCCACUACAACCAGGUAAUGAUGUUGGGAGAAGUUCUUACGGCGCCAUGCAAGUAAAGCAGGCCUUUGAUUAUGCAUAUGUUGUUCUGAGCCAUGCUGUCUCGCCAAUAGCGAAAUGUUACCCCAACAACGAAAGUGAAAGUAUAUUAGGAAGAAUCAUCCGAGUCACACAAGAAGUUGUGACCUACAGAGAGUGGAUAUCAAAACAGUGGGGAAUACAGAAUAAUGCAGAGACUUCAUGCAAUGGUAAUGGAGUGACAUUAAUAGUGGAUAAUCAACAGCUGGACAAAUAUAACAAUAACCUUUCUGAAGAAAACCAGUCACUAGGAAAGCCUAGAAAUAAAACGUCAGAGACACCAAGCAAACAUUCAUCAAAUUCUUCAUCAGGCCCCUUGUCGUCAUCAUCAUCCACGCUCUCCAGCUCCAGUGAUGUAGAGUCCGAUGGUACACCAUGCAAAACCUCUAAACAGCUGGGCUCCUGCCAGACUUCAGCAAACAGAUUGGCAUCUCAGGAGAUAUCACUAGGAUCCUCUCAGCUGAGUGGCAAAAUGCCAAGUGGCCAAACAGUGAAUGCAUCCAAUGUGACAAAUAAGUCCCAGCACGGGUCCGUGAGGUUAUUCCGCACUUCUUCCAACAAAAGCAUCCAAGGUCCAGGAAAUUCCAGCCACAGUACCUUGGUGACGAACAAACAGUACCAGGGCAGUAAGCCACACCAAUUUUACCAUGGCAAAAAGAGGAAACACAAGAGAGACGCUGUCCUUUCAGACUUGUGUAGAUAGUUUUCCUAUCUGACGGUUGGACUGUUCUUCUGUGUGCAAUGCUCUCAUGCUACAAGAACAACUUGGACAGAUGACUUCCAAGAUCUUGUCUGGAGUCUCAAGACUGUUGGAACGUUGAUUAGCAACGCAUUUUAGUUUUUUUUUUUCCAGCUCGCCACGAAACAGAUCAUGAAGACUGAUAACUGCAAAAAAAAAAAAAAAAAAGUUGGGGGGGAGGGAGGAGGAAGAGGACAAGGCUGCUUAUCCAAUAAGUCAUAUGCUACAACAGGGUUGUUUAGAUAUAAAAGCUUGAAUGUAAAAUAAAUAUAUCCCGUCAGCUUCUGUGCUGACCUCUAGGGGUAGAAUACAGUGUAUUUAAGGGUUUGGUAAUGAACUGAAAUAAAACAAGGGAUUUAAAAAAAAAA